UCCAUUAAUGAGGUAAAUUUGAAUCCAAGCAGUAGAAAACAUAAACUACCAUCAUUUGAGAAAACAAGAAGAAAUUACAAAGACAGGUGAAAAACCCAAUGAUGUAGAGACGGCAUUUCUGUAAUAUAUACGACUCUACUUGCACACUUUUCACACACUUAUGCUUUGCCUCUGAAUUUCUCACAACUCUCUUUUCGUUUCUUUUCAAGAUUAUUGCUCUUUUUGCUUGAAGAUUUUUUUUGUUUUCAUUUUUCUUGUUGAACUUAGAUCUCGAAAAUUCAGAAGCUAGCAAAUUAUGGUCAAACCCAAGAUUCGUUUUGCUCCAGUAGGAUUUAGCUAGGGAGUGGUUCAUCUGGAUUGACCAAUGGAGUCCCUUGUCGAGGGAGUUAAUUCUCUGCCUUCAGUGAGCUACAAGCCUUCUUCUCUCUCAGGAAAUCGACUCCCUCAUCCUUAUUCUGCAAAACACUCUCGACAUGAAAGUUCCUUAUCUGCAGCCUAUGUGACUGGUGUUGAUCAUCGGGUAAAGACAACCCAUACAUCGUCAGAGUCUAUGACUAGUUCAAAGCAAUCUUACAAGACAACCCGCAAUACAAUGCAGACGGAAAUGCUGCCUGACUUGUCGCAGCAACUAAACAGAUCAAAUAAGGGCAAGUCAGAAGUUUUGCAUUUUGAUGAAGAACUUGAUCGAAUGGAGAAAGUAAAUUUACAUAAACAGGUUUCUGCUGUAGAAGCAAUGCCUUGUAUUAAGCAAUAUAUUGAUGAUUCUGAAGAUUUUAACUCAAUAAGCUUUGCGGAAACUGCGAUUCCUGUUAUAGGAGCUAAAGGAGCCACUGGGUAUUUAAAUGACCAAGUACCUUCUCAGUCAGGCAUCAAUAAUUGCCCAAGUCCCCAAAACAGCUUCUAUUCUGCCGCACAGUUUAUAGAAGCUAAACAGAGCUUCACGAACACAGAAGUUAGUGAAUGCACCAGCAGCGUAGAGAAAUCCAUUGAAAGUGGUGAUAUUAGCGUCACUGGUGAUUUUGUUGAGAGCAGGAAGACUAGCAUCUACAGAGGUAGCACUGGCAGUGAUAUUAGUGAAGAGAGUAGCUCCAGUAGUUUUAGUAGCGCCAUGUACAAGCCCCACAAGGCCAAUGAUUCGAGAUGGGAAGCAAUUCAAGCCAUCAGGUCCCGUGAUGGGAAUUUGGGUUUACAUCACUUUAGAAUGUUUAAGAAAUUGGGCUGUGGAGAUAUAGGGAGUGUUCAACUGGCGGAGCUAAUUGGCACAAAAAGUUAUUUUGCCAUCAAAGUCAUGGAUAAAGGAAAUUUAGCCGGUCGAAAAAAGUUAUUGAGAGCUCAGACAGAAAGAGAAAUUUUGCAGUCUCUGGAUCAUCCAUUUCUUCCCACUUUGUAUUCACACUUUGAGACAGAAAACUUCUCUUUCCUGGUGAUGGAAUUCUGCCCAGGUGGAGAUUUGCAUGCACUCCGGCAAAAACAACCUGGGAAAUAUUUCUCAGAGCAUGCUGCCAGGUUUUAUGUGGCAGAGGUGCUCCUCGCUAUGGAGUACUUGCACAUGCUGGGGAUAAUAUACAGAGACCUUAAACCAGAAAAUGUACUGGUGAGGGAAGACGGGCACAUUAUGCUUUCAGAUUUUGAUCUCUCGCUUAGAUGUGCAGUGAGCCCAACCCUGGUCAGAUCCUCAAAUUCUAUCUCUGAACCUAAGAACUCUGCAUAUUGUAUCGAGCCAUCUUGUGUAAUACAGCCAUCUUGCAUCCAACCUACAUGUUUUGGACCUCGCUUUCUUGGCAAGCCAAAGAAAGAUAAAAAACAAAAAGCCAAGGGUGAAAUAUAUAAUCAAGUAAGCCUCCUUCCUGAGCUCAUUGCUGAACCCACAAGUGCUCGGUCUAUGUCUUUUGUAGGUACCCACGAGUAUCUAGCUCCUGAAAUUAUCAAAGGUGAAGGACACGGCAGUGCUGUGGAUUGGUGGACUUUUGGGAUAUUUUUGUAUGAACUCCUGUUUGGUAGGACACCUUUCAAAGGAGCAGGUAACCGAGCCACUCUGUUUAACGUGGUUGGACAGCCCCUGAAGUUCCCCGAUUCACCUAGCGUUAGUUUUGCUGCGAGAGACCUGAUCAGAGGAUUACUUGUCAAAGAGCCACAGCAUCGCCUUGCAUACAGACGCGGAGCCACUGAAAUCAAGCAGCAUCCAUUUUUCCAGAGUGUAAACUGGGCGCUUAUCCGCUGUGCGAGUCCACCAGAUGUACCAAAGCCAUAUCCAAUCGAGGUACCAAAAUCACCUAAAGUUGAGAAUGUAGCAGGUGUUGAUAUGAAGCCUUCUGGUUCUGGUAGCUAUUUAGAAAUUGAUUUCUUUUGAGUUGAGGACUAUGGUUUUAAGUCAGUUUUCUUUUCUUAUGGAUUGUCUUCUUGUAGGUCCCUUUCUUUCUUAAGCUUUUAAAGGAACACAAAUUAAUUGUUGUUUCAGUAAGAAAAUUGUAAGUGGUCCAUUUUCACUAAAAAGGAGUGGAAAUAUGAAUUUUAAACGCACAGGAAUUGUUGUUGGAAUUUGUAAUCAUUCUUGUGGAGAAUGAGGAAAUAGAUUGGUUGAA